CUCAGCAAAUAGGAACUCUCCAAUUCUGUGAGACCCGCCCCUCCAUGUCACAUGGGGGUUAUACCCAGACUGGAGGAGGGAGAGGACUAAGGAACAAUGAACCAGAUACAAAAUUUACUCUAUGAUUCUCUGAUAAGAACUUCUCAUGUAGAAGGUGCCGUUCUUAUCAAAAUAAAGGAGGGGCUAAUGUGUGUGUCACCCCCACGUUUUAACGUCCCACCUCAGCAAGUCCAGCUGAUUAUUGAUGCUUUUAAAAAUGUGGCUGCGACAAGAAAGGAAGGGAUUUACUUUCGGGAGAAGAAUUACAAAUGCAUUCGUGCUGAUAAAAAUUCUGUGUAUGCAAAAUGUGACGAUGACGGAAUUGUGUUAGUGAAAACAAAAGUUCAUAUCCUACUUGCUACAUACUGCAAAGGGAUGUACCCCAGUGUCUGUGUAGAGGCCACUGAAAAACUUGGUUCUUAUUUUCGAGAUAAGGAAAUGUAAUAACCCACGAUCUUUCAUCGGAUGAAGAAUUCUUACCCAUGGAAGUCUUUGUAAAGACUGUUCACACCUAAGUGAUGUUUUCAGAGACCUUUCGGUAGACACAGAAACAUGACCCGUACAUGACAACAUUCAUUCUGCAUCGUUUGCUACUGUUUUUAAAUUCAGACGCAAUGUUCCAAUUGCUCUACAAUUGUUCCAUUAAACGGAUUCAGCACCUGCAAA